AUGUGCUGAUGUCUGCUCCUUGCAAAGACCUGACCCACCUGAGGCUGGCAGAUGCACAGAUGGGAGCGUGAAUCCCCAGCAAAAGGUAACCAUCACUCACCACUACCACUGCUGGUGGGAUCUUUCUGUCCUGCUGAGAUGGCCUGUGCUGCUGCUGAAGUCUGAGGUCAUCUGAGGGUGGUGGGUGAAUCACAUCAUCUCCCAGGGCCAUGUCCCACAGCCAGGACACCCCAGUCCUCACAACGGUCAGGAGUCAUACCACUGCGUGCAGGAGCAUUGGUGAGUGGAUCUGCACCUCCCAGCCCUCCUCAGUCCCUCUUCCUCCACAUAUCUCUUCUUCUUUUUGGUAGAAUGAGUGAGAGAGAUAUACAGAGCCUGAGCAAAUGGGUUUUGGUGCUCAGUCUCUGCCUUACCACGCUGUGGGGACGACUGACGCUGGCCUCCAUGCAUCAUCACAGAAGCCACUCAGUGCACGUGGAGCCCGGCACGUGCGAAGUGAUCGCCGCUCACCGGUGCUGCAAUAGGAACAAGAUCGAGGAGCGCUCGCAGACGGUGAAAUGCUCCUGUUUCCCGGGACAGGUGGCAGGGACAACACGGGCAGCUCCCUCCUGCGUGGACGCCUCCAUCGUGCUGCAGAAGUGGUGGUGCCAGAUGGAGCCGUGUCUCCAAGGGGAGGAAUGCAAAGUGCUGCCUGACCUCUCGGGAUGGAGCUGCAGCAGUGGCAACAAAGUGAAGACGACCAAGGUCACUCGAUAGCCUCUGUGCAGCGUGGCCCUGGCUGACCAGCCUUGGCGUGGGUCCUGGUGCUCCCGUGAGCAGCAGGAUGUGCCCAGUGCCUGCAGAGCUGGGAUGCUCCAGGGCUACCAUCCUGCACCCAUCAGCAGGACUGUGACAGCUGCUGGACCGGAGCAUCCGCUGAGCCCAGCUGCCGUGGAGCUGCAGGCAGGGACCCCAGUGCAGCUGCCAGAAUCCCCUCACUCCACAGUUUCCUCCUUUUCUGUGGACACCAACCAAGAAAUGGGCUCGUUCUCCAAGCCUCCUACAUAAAAUACUCCCACUAUGUAAGAGCUGUUGACAAUACAGAGACAGACAGGCAGCAGGCCUCCAAAAGGUUCUUUAAUCUGAAUAGCUGAAAUCAUUGCUGUGAGUUGCCUUUCCCUGAAUCCAAGUUGCAGUCAGGAAUCAGGAAGUCAAUGGCUUUGUGAAAUCUUUCCCCAUGUGGCUCCUGGCCCUGGGGUUCCUCGGAGCAGCUGCUGAGCUCCAGCCUGAUCCUGAGUCACUGGGGGCUGCUCAGCCCUCGGAGCACUGAGCUUUCCCUGCCCCGCUGCCUUCCUGCCAUGCACAUGCAGCAGAUGUGGUCAGAGGGUGUCUGACACACUGUUGGCCCCCAGGGACGGUGAGAUGUCUCCAUGGCGCAUGCUGCUGGUUGCUCCUUCCUCGGUAAUUGCAUUAAUAAGGUUGCAAAUUUAAUGUUUUCCACCAUGCAAGUCCCAGGCACUGAGUUUCUGCUUGUGUUUGCAAUUGAAUUUCAGAGUUGUGUGAGGGGAUCUCUCUCUCUGCAACUCUGGGGUGUCUGGGGCAUGCAGGUGCCCAGACAGAGCCUCAGACUGAGCCACAUUUUGUUGCAGUAAUCCAAAAUAAAGAAAAAUGUACCACCUCCUGGCCCUGAGCUCAUGACCUUCUCCAGGACAUGCCAUUUCCUGAGGUGCAGCAGCUCAGGGUGGGAAGGAUGUGAGCUCUGUGCCCCUGAUGUCAGAGUGCUUGGGACCCUGGGGCUAUGGGACCAACACCUCCAGCCCUGCUCUGUGACUGCUCUGGGACCCUGCUGGGGAUGUGCUGGUGCAGGAGGGGCUGGAGAUGAUGUGGGGCCAUGGCAGUGAGAGGGUCACUGGUGUUUGCUGCCUCCUGCCCUGGCUCCCACCACAGGACUCAUUAUUGAGACGUUUUUGUAAUGGGGUAUGUAAUACCCUCUCCAGAUGUGAUGUAAAUACCAAACUGUGAAAUAAUAAAUUAAUUUUAAUCUC